ACAUGGUCUGUGCUCAUUCCGAUUUUCGAACUCAGUCCGUGCGGUGCGAGGAGCUCGCGUGCUGCUCGCAGAAAAAUAAUAAAAACAAACACUCAGACACACUAAGUUAGGGAAGGAUAAUAGCAAGCAGGACAAUUGCAAUUGCUAGACAAAGGAGCAGAAAUAAAAAUAAAAUACAAUAAACCAUAAAUCAACACAGUCAGGCAGACAAAAUGCCAGCGGAAAAAUCAAUAUACGAUCCUAAUCCGGCCAUCAGCCAAAAUGCGUACAUAUCCAGCUUCGAGGAGUACAAGAAGUUCUACCAGGAGUCCUUGGACGAUCCGGCGGAGUUCUGGUCCCGCGUGGCCAAGCAGUUCCACUGGGAGACGCCCGCCGACCCUCAGAAGUUUCUCCAAUACAACUUCAACAUCUCCAAGGGACCCAUUUCCAUCAAAUGGAUGGAGGGAGCCUCGACUAAUCUGUGCUACAAUCUCCUGGAUCGCAAUGUCCGGAACGGAUUGGGUGACCAGAUUGCCUACUACUGGGAGGGCAACCACCCCGACGACUACUCCCGCGGCCUCACCUACCGAAAGCUGCUCGAGGAGGUCUGCCGGUUCGCCAAUGUGCUGAAGGACCAUGGCAUCCGGAAGGGCGAUCGCGUGUCCAUCUACAUGCCCAUGAUCCUGGAGCUGCCCAUUGCCAUGCUGGCCUGUGCCCGUAUCGGUGCCGUGCACUCGAUUGUCUUUGCCGGAUUCUCGCCGGACUCCUUGGCGGAGCGGAUGUUCGACUGCAAGGCCAAGUUGCUCAUCACGGCGGACGGAGCUUGGCGUGGUGAGAAGCCCCUGUACCUGAAGGCGCUCUGCGACACGGCCCUGGAGAAGGUCGAGGAGAUGGGCCACUCCGUGGAGAAGUGCAUUGUGGUGUCGCAUCUGAAGCGCGUGACUCCCUGCCAGGCGGAUCAUGUCGAGGAGGAUAUCCCAUGGACCGACGAUCGGGACUACUGGUGGCACGAGGAGAUGGAGGAUAAGGAGCCGGCCUGCUAUCCCGAGUGGAUGGACGCCGAGGAUCCGCUGUUCAUGCUCUACACCAGUGGCUCCACUGGCAAGCCCAAGGGCGUGCUCCACACCACCGCCGGCUACUUGCUCUACGCGGCCACCACAUUCAAGAUUGUCUUUGAUUACAAGCCGGGCGAUAUCUACUGGUGCACCGCCGAUGUGGGCUGGAUCACUGGACACACCUACGUGGUCUACGGACCUCUGGCCAAUGGAGCCACUUCGGUGAUUUUCGAGGGUACUCCCUUCUAUCCCGGCAAUGACCGCUACUGGAGCGUUAUCGACAAGUACAAGGUGACUCAGUUCUACACGGCUCCCACGGCCAUCCGAGCCCUGAUGAAGUUCGGCGAAGGACCAGUGCUCAAGCAUAAUCUAAGUGGUCUCAAAGUUUUGGGCAGCGUCGGUGAACCCAUCAAUCCGGAAGCCUGGCUCUGGUAUUAUCGUAACAUUGGCAAGGAGCAGUGCUCCAUUGUGGACACUUUCUGGCAGACGGAAACUGGAGGUCAUGUCAUAACACCUCUACCAGGAGCCACUCCCAUGAAACCUGGCUCAGCUUCAUUCCCCUUCUUUGGUGUGAAACCCACUCUGCUGGAUGAGUGCGGCAUUGAGAUCAAGGGCGAGGGUGAGGGCUACUUGGUGUUCUCCCAGCCUUGGCCCGGCAUGAUGCGUACCUUGUACAACAACCAUGAACGCUUCGAGGACACCUACUUCUCCAAGUUCCCUGGCUACUACUGCACUGGCGAUGGCGCCCGUCGCGAUGCUGAUGGCUAUCUCUGGAUCACUGGCCGUGUGGAUGACAUGUUAAACGUCUCUGGGCAUCUGAUGUCCACCGCUGAGGUCGAAUCUGUCCUGACAGAACAUCCCCGCGUGGCUGAAUCCGCCGUGGUUUCCCGUCCACAUCCAGUCAAGGGCGAGUGCCUCUACUGCUUCAUCACUCCCAAUGAGAACGAAGUUUUCGAUCAGAAACUAAUCUCCGAUCUUAAAAAGAUGGUGCGCGAACGCAUCGGACCCUUUGCCAUGCCGGAUGUCAUUCAGAAUGCCCCCGGCUUGCCCAAGACCCGCUCCGGAAAGAUUAUGCGGCGAGUGCUGCGCAAGAUCGCCGUAAACGAUCGCAAUGUGGGCGACACCUCGACCCUGGCCGACGAGCAGAUUGUGGAGCAGCUAUUCGCCAACCGACCCGUUGAGGCCAAGUAAAUGGUAGAUGGGUCCAGCUAAAGUUAGGCUCCCCAGCUUCGCAUUUCCAUCGCUGGCCAGCGCCAGAACAUACGUAUCCCAAUUACGUAUCCUGUAAAUCUCCCCCUAUAUAGACGUGCAUCUAUAGACAUAACUCUAUUGCUUAAUGUUGGCCCUGUUCCGGGUUACGGUGUGGUUGGCACCUUCUAAAUUCUACUUAGUUUGUAAGCGUAAGCGUCUGGACGGAUCCCGAUCCGAGUAACUAUCUGACUAUCUCUAUAUUGUUGUGUAUUGCCUGUUCAUCGUAGUUACAUACGCUCAGCACGCACACAUUCUUUCCAGUUCUUUUCCGUUUCUUUGUUGUGUAUGUAGUGUACUAGUAGCCUAAGUUCCCGCUAAUUCGUUGUGAUAAAAAUUUAAUUAUAUCUUACUUAUGUAUGUAUUUUUAGUAGAAUUGAUAUGAGACAAAAUAUAUACACGAUUCCAGUUGUAGCCACAAAAGUA